AUGUUCAACAAAAAACAAAAAUCAAGACCUACAUACACCUGGCAAGUAUGGGCCAUCUACAUGAUCUUAGCUGCAAACCUCUCUGAAGAGCAAGUGCUGAAGCAGGCUUGUCCUUCGUGUGAUAAUGCUCAGAUCUGCAGCUGCUCUGCCGUGGGCUUGGACUUUAUUCCCUUGAGGCUCGCAGCCAAAAUCACGGUGUUAAACCUGUCCCACAACAGGAUAAAGCGCAUCCGAUCCCAGGAUCUGCAGCAGGCUGUGAACCUGAGACACCUCCUGCUGCAGUCCAAUGAAAUCAGCUCAAUAGACAAGGGCUCAUUUCGCUCUCUCGGGAAACUGGAGCUCUUGGACUUAUCAAAUAACAGCUUGGCUUGCUUGUCCCCUGCGUGGUUUGGGCCCCUUCUUUCGCUCCAGCACCUCCACCUUCAAGGGAAUUCUUACCGAGACCUGGGGAAAGGCUCCCUCUUUUCUAGCCUGAGGAACCUGAGCUCUCUCCACCUGGGCAAUCCACAGUUCUCCACGAUAAGGCAAGGGAACUUUGAUGGCAUUGAGCUUCUUGACAAGUUGUGGAUCGAUGGUGGCAAUCUCAGUCAGUAUGAGCCAGGAAGUUUGAAAUCAAUUAAGAAGAUAAAUCACAUGAGCAUAAACCUAAGAAAUACUUAUGUAUUUUCAGCAAUUGUCAGGGACAUUCUGCACUCUGUCAUUUUGUUAGAAGUAAGAGAACUCACAUUAGACAUUAUAAAAAAAAGCUUGGUGCAGAACUCUACACUUCCUUUCAGGAUACAAAAACUUAAGUUUAAAGAUGUUUCAUUCACAGAUCAGUCUAUUAGCCAAAUCCUAGCAUUACUGAAGGAAAUCACAUCUCUGCAAGAGUUAGAGGCAAUUGAUUGUCUGCUUGAGGGAAAAGGAGACUGGGAUAUUAAAGAAAUUACAAGACGUGGGCAAAGUUUUGUUGAAACAGUUUCAAUAAAAAAUAUAAUUAUUCAGAAUUUCCAUUUGUUUGUUGACCUGGAUGGUAUGGAGUCACAAAUAAACAGACUGAAAAGACUCACAGUUGCAAGCUCUAGAGUUUUCAUGGUAGCAUGCAAGCUUGCAAAACAUUUUUCAUCACUUGUGUAUCUGGACUUUCAUGAUAAUUUGCUUGUAAAUAAUCGGUUGAACGAGACAAUAUGUGGAGGUGCUUGGCCUUCACUGCAAACUUUAAAUCUAAGUCAAAAUUCUCUAAAAUCUCUCAAACAGACUGCAAAUUCUGUAACUCGUCUACGCAAACUGAUAAAUCUUGACAUCAGCCAAAAUAAUUUUGGUGCAAUUCCAGAUGUAUGUGAAUGGCCAAAA